CCCAAAGUGAGACACAUAGCACUAAGUGGCAAAUAUGGCGAUUAAACCUCUUUCAAUCUUCGUUGUCUUCUUCAUCUUCUUCUUAGUUAUCUCUGACGUGCCAGAGAUAGAAGCGCAGGAUAGUAAGUGCUUGAGAGAAUACGGUGGCGAUGUUGGUUUCCGCUUCUGUGCGCCUCGGAUAUCUCCAACGUUUUGUUACACCAGAUGCCGUGAAAACAAGGGUGCUAAAGGUGGAAGAUGCCGUUGGGGACAAGGAACUAACGUUACGUGCUUGUGCGACUACUGCAACGAUAAACCCUGAUCACAGUUUCCAAAUGAUCGCUAAAUACACUAUUGCCGCAAACGCAGAUGCUAUGUUUGAAUAUUUUGGUUUGUGUAAUAGAUCUAGUGAUGAAUGUGAAUGGUCCUAAAAUAAAUGUAUGCUGAUGUAAUAUGAAACAAAGAAUAAUGUAAAAGUACGACUUUCUAUGUGUAAUAAAAAUAAGUUUGGUAAUA